UAAAAUUGUUGUUUUUUUACAAUUUUAAUUUUAAGUUUAUGUACCAAUACUUGAUGUGAGCUAUUGUAAGUAAAACUUUGAAAAGGUUAGAUAAAAAUGGUGAUGCCAUCCUUCCUUAAACUUUUAAAAAUGACAAGUUGCUAAGUAUACAUUAGGGUAUAGUCAAGUUAAUUAAGGACACUCAAAAGUUUUUCAAUCAUUUUUUGAUUCGUCAAAGUUUAGCAAAUCCAAAACCAAUUUAACCUGUCAAAUGUCUGGUAGCUCUCCUUAAGUGCGUUAUUUAAAGUGCUGCAAAGUCUUUAUCUUUGGUCAUUCUUUAGAGCAGUAAUGGCCAACCUAUAUCUUACGGCACACCAAAAAAUUUAAGAAAUCGCACGAACCGUAUGCCGAGUGUGGUUUUAAUAUGUCUUACUACCAUGGCGUGCCGUAGCUAAAAAAGGUUGACCACCACUGAUCUAGGGUAUACUCAAUUUUUUUGAAACUUAUUAAAAAGCUCUCUGAUUUCUUUUCUAUUUAAAAAUUACCUUAAUUUAAGGUUUUUUUUUAAUUUUUUUUUUAGAGUUAUGGUGAAUCCAAAUAACUCAGAUCAAAGCAGCAUCAAAGCAAUCAGCUUAUCAGAAGUUUUUUCGAUAAAAAGAAGUGCCUUUUUACAAUAAUGUCAACAAUAAAAGAAAGCGAGGGAAAAAUUGUGUGGAAAACUGCAGAUCAAGAUGAUUUUUAUGUCCUUAAAAUUGAGAAUGAUGAAGACGUGCGUGCAAUUUGUCAUGAGUUCAUUUCAAGCGAGCUGAGCAAUGACAGCACUGGAAUCCUCUCAGGCUCUGUCACUAAUGAGUUUUACAGUUUAGAAGACUUAGGCACAUCCAAUGGCUUUAAUCUAUUAUUUUUAUCAGUGCUAAAUAAUUGUCAUGAAGAUGUUGAGAAGCUCUGCAAAUACAACUUUGAAAUUGAUCAAGAGUUUACCAUAGAAGAUGAAUCUUUGCAAACCAAGUCAUUUAGUGCGAUCGACAAAGCUUGGGAUAAUUUUGUGAAUGCAAAGGAUACAAACGUAAAGGACGCCAGUAAUAAAAUCAUCAUGAGUCUACUAAACGUCAAUUCAAAGAUACCUAAAGGAUUUGAGAGCUCAACAGCUUCCGACGAGGUUCGAAAUUUUGUAAAAGCAGCUAAAAUUUUGCAUGAGUUUGUUGAUACAAAAGAUAUGAAAGGAAUAAAAGAUGGAGUCAGCAGGAACCGGCAUUUAUGGUACUUUUAUGAUGAAAAUAAUCAAUCACUUAUGGCGCGAGCAUUGAAAGCAGCAGAUUUAAACAUAUUUAAGCUCUUAACCUCAUUAGAGUUAUCUAUAGGACCACAUGAACUUCAAAAUCACAAACAAUUAUACAAAAAUCUUCAAGGUGAGGACAAAGAAGCAAUACACGAUCAAAAUCGAUCCACUUCAAAUAGCCUCCCAUCCGCACACAUUUAUGCACUCUUAUCAAAAUGUAAAACUGCAAAAUACAACCGCAAACAUCACAUUUACCAAUGGAAAAUAGAAGAAGCAUUUGAAAUCAUCGAUAGCAGUGCUGGCUACCCAACAACAGGAAGCAACUCAAAGAAUGGACGAACAAAAGUGUUAAAAAUCGCAGCUGCAUGUAAAAAUAUCAAAAUAUUUUUCGACUUUGAUCACGAUUCGACUAAAUACUUUAAUCCACUCACAUCAAUCAACAGACGAGGUUCAGCAUACCUUAGUGGUGUCAUUGAAAUUGGCGCGAGAGAUUUGUUGGAUGAGAAAACAAAGUUUCAGGUGAUUGGGACGCUGAUCCAUGAGCUAAGUCAUCUUGCUAUGUCCAUGACAUAUGUAAAUGGAUUUAAUCCUUAUCAAAUGGGUGAGUCUGCUGAGAAGACGAGAUUUGAGGUGAAAGUUAGGGUUAAUUGUGAAAACAAGAAAGAUUCUGAAGAACUUAUUAGGCUGGUUUUUGACAAUUAUGAAGAACAUGAAUAUGAUUAUGAAUUAAUAGUCAGACCUUAUCAUAUGAUGAUGAAAUACUUUAAUGACAGUAAUAAAAUCAAUGAUUGUAGAUGUGAUUUUGUAGAAUUAUUUGUAUAUCUUGAAGACGUAGUUGAAAAAGAGUUUGACGAGAUUUUAAAAAUUUGUGAAAAAUUAUACGAUGACAAUGAAAACAUUAAAUUUAGCCAAUUAACUAAGCCAAUGCAGGCUAAGAUCUUGAAAGAACAAAUAUACUUUCAAGGUGCAAAAACCUCAAUUUCUAGAAUUAUUAAAAAUGAUGCAAAAUCUUCUAUUUCCAUAAUUAAUGCAAGUAUUUUAAAUCUUUUGCAACCAACAAAAAUAAGAACAAUUUUGUUUAGCACAACUGACGUUAAGUUUGGUGAUGAACUUGAAAUAACCUCGAAAUACGACUUCGUUGAGCGACAAUUUAAAAGUAAUGUGCCUCAUCGAAGUUGUUUAAAGUUUAAAGAAGUCAAGAAAAUCGUAAAUGAUUCAAAAAUUUUCAUUUUGUCAUGCAAAGCUGGCGAAGGAAAAUCGACAGUUUUUGAGAUAUUUUGUAAAAAAUUUAAAAACGAUUAUUGUUUUAAACACUACUGGAUAUCAUAUUUAAAAUUGAAGAAAAAUCAAAAAAUUUUAGAUUACUUUUUUAAAAGAUAUCAAAAUUUAAAUAUAAACAAAAUAUCUGAACUUAUAUGCAGUAUGAUAUUACCUCAUACUCGGUUUCAAGAUUUCAAAUAUGAUUCAGAUUUUGAGGUUAGAAUUUUUAAAAAACUUUUUCAAAAUGGAAAAGCAAUUUUGUUUUUUGAUGGAAUCGAUGAAAUUAGUCCGGAAUUAAAUGAAUUUAUCAUAGAGAUUUUGAAAACCAUUAAAGAAUUAACAAAAAAUCAAAUUUGGAUCUCUACGCGACCACAAUUUGCAAAUCCAAUCAAACAUGCAUUAAAUGGAAAUUUGUUUACAUUUGAAUCUUAUAAUGCUCCUGAUCGAAAAAAAAUGAUUAAAAAUAUUGCAAAAAAACUUAAAUUUAAAUCUCACAUUUCAGAAAUUCUCAAAAUUUUUACAAAAGAAUUUCACAAUGUUUAUAAUCCUUUUCUGAUUGAGACAAUAACAGAAUUGUAUGAAGAUAAUAAAUUUUUAAUUAGCACAAAUAUAGGUCAAAUGUUUAAAAAUAUUGUAUAUGCUCAGUACGAAAAGAUGAAUCAUAUAAUAGAUUCAAAAAAUCGAUUCAUUUUGGAUGAUUUUAAAUUUUUAUAUCAAUUUUUAUCUUUAAAAUUUUUAUUUAAUGAAGAUCAAAUUAGAAAUUUGUCAAUUAUUAAUAAUUGGGAGAGAGAAAAGAAAAAUUGGCCAUUUGAGAAAAUUCAACGCUACGGUUAUGUUUCGGUAGAUCCAGACUUUUUACAAACAGGCGAUACAACUUCAAUUGACUUUAUUCAUUCCUUAUACGCGGAAUAUUUUGCAUCUGUUUAUGUUUUUGAAAAUGUUUUCAAUAAAAAUAAAAGCGAAGAAGAAAUUGAGAAUAUUUUUGCAAUUCUUAAAUCAAUUUAUUUAAUUGGUCCAUCAAUUCUUAUUAGUUUAUUAAAAAAUGACGAAGAAAAUCAAAAAUUACCUAAAAAGAUGAAAAUCUUGAUUAAAAAUAAAAUUGAAGAAAUACUAAUACAACCUGCGAGUCAGACUAUCAAUCAAGAAUUAAAAUUUUGGUCUUUAUUUAUUCGUCAUGAACAUAAAGUUUUAGCAGAGUUGAGAGAUAAAAAGAUUCAAAUCAACAAUGCAGAUAUAAUUGAUAAACUUCAAGAGAUUGGGACUCAUAUGAAAGUUUUAGAAAUUCUUCAAUGUAUGUUUGCCGAAUGGGGUGAAGAUUAUGAUCAAAAACUCAAAAGCUAUCUAGAAAAAUUAGGUGCAAAAGUUGAAAAUUCGUUUGUGGAUUUUAAUUUAAUUCCGACUAUCAAAUGGUUUAAAAGUUAUAGAGAAAAAAUGUUUUUGUUGGCAUUAGCUAGAAAUGCUAAAACCUAUUUAGAACAUAUUAUUAAAAAAUAUAAAAAUCACACGUCUUUAAAGACACUUCGUAAAUAUUAUGGAUUUCCGUCAAUUUCUCUUUUUUUUCUAUGUGAUGAAAAAAGUUUCAAAGAAUUUGUUGUUAAAAAUUCAGACGAAAAUGAUUUUUUCAAUAAUGUUAUUGAAGAGUUUUUAAGUGUUGCCAAAAUUGAUCGAAAUUAUAAAAAAUUCAAAGAAAUUAUCAAAAGUUUAAGAGUAAACGAGAACAUUAGUAAAAAUUUUGUUAAAAAAUUACUCGAAGAAGAAGUCUUUGAACAAAUUAUCAAACAUUACCAACCUAAUAACAAAAGAGCUAUUGAAAAUAAUAAAUCUAGUAAUAAUGAACAUGUUAAUAACUCUAGUAGAUUUAAUUUUUUUUCACUCUUUGACAUGUUUUUUAACUUUUUCCUUAAUUUUCAAAUAGGACAUGUAUGCACUGUCGAUAAAAGAUAUACUUCAAAAAAAUUAAAAAACUUCAGACGAAAUAAGAAAAAAAUAAAUUGGAAAGAACGAAGAAUGUAAAGAAGCAGACGCGUAGCUAUGUAAAACCAAUUUCCACCCGUCCCCACUAUUUUUAGCGCAUUUUUGAAAACUUGUUUUCGAAAAGAAAGCUGAAUAAUACACUUUGUUCGUUCGUUCGUCUGAAGAAAAACUUUUUAACCAGACAUCGUAGAGAGCUUAGGUUUGUUUUAUUAGCAUCGUUACUAUUGUUUAUUGUCCGAUCGAAUAGUUAAAAGUCUUGAAACAUUGUAUUUAUGCUAAAAUUAAUGAAUUUUUGUUUUGUUUUUAGUGUAACCUGCUCAAAUUUUGUUUUACCUCUAUAAUUUCAAUAUUACCUCUAUAAUUUCAAAUUUUUUCGAGCCGUUGUAAAAUUUGAAUUUCAAAAAACCGUUAAAUGAUAAACUUUUUUUGUAUGGAAAUUCAUUGGAACAAAUUAUUUACUUAUACUAUAGUUAAUGUUUUCAAAGUGCAACUUUUAACGACAAAAUUUCAAUUCAUUUAUUGAACGUUAAAUAAUAAAUCCUUUCUAUAUAAGCAUUCAUUUUAAUUAUUUGUUAAUUACACUAAAAUUAAUGAUCUUCUAAUCUUCUAAUGAUCUGUAAAUGAACGCAAAAUAAUUUGAUAAUCAAAUACUGAUCGCUAACACAAAAAUGCGCUUAAGUCCCUCGAUCAAUAACACGAAAACUUCUGUAUUUUUUUUUUUGCUUUUAAAAAAGACGAAUUAUUCAAAAGUAAACAACGUAGAUGCAAAUCAGGUCAUCUGUUAACAGGCACAAGUGACAGUUCUGUCAUAGGCACUGCCACAAAGAUCUGUUGACUAAUAUGAUAGAUCUGUGAAAGGCAUAAAAACUGCUAACAGGCAAAAGGCAAAGGAAAGAUCGCAACUCUGUUUAACAGUCGAGAUUCCAACUGAUUUUUAAAAUUUAAACGGGUUUUGAUAUUAGUUGAUAUCUAGCAUUGCUAAUUACCAUUUCUUUAUUUUCAACCAAGGCGUGGAAACUCAUUAUUAAUCUUGAUUGAAAAAUCCCAAAAAUCCUAAAAAAAUUCCUAAGCCAAUAAACAUGAAAAUGUGAAAUUCCUGAUGAAUUUUAUGAAUAAUUUCGGGAUAUAAAAGAGAUUUCACAUUUCUAUGAAUAUCAGCUCAGGGAUAUUUUAAGAUUUUUAACAUUUUUCAGUAUUAAUCCUGAGUUUCCAGGCCUUGUUUUCAACUAUUAUUUUAAAGCCAUAAACAAUUCAAUUAAAUUAAAUUUUAUCAUUUGAAGUUCAUCAAAAAUUUAAAUAAAGUUUAAAAAUGUUUUAAUUCAAAGAAAAAUGUUUUUACAUGCAUUCCUGUACAUACUGCUUAGUAAUUUUACAUUCGACAGAAUUUUUCAUUUUUGGACAUUGAAGGAAGAGUUUUCGUGUUGUACAUCCAAAAAUCUUUAUGACAUGCCAUGGAAAUUUGCAGAGUUUAAUGCUGUCAUCCUGUGGCAUGUUAUUGUCAACACAUUCAUCCACAACCUCCUCAAUCAAUUGAUCCCAUUUGUCAUCAUGCUUGACUGACUUCCUUAAUUCCUCUACAAUUCCACUCUUGUCAAGCUCAUUUUCAUUGUCGACGAUGUUUGCAGCCCUCCAAAUGCAUCCUAAUGAGCAGCAAAUGUCACGAGAUCCCAUGCACUCUUCAGCACAGCUGCUUUGAAAGAAAUGUCGGAAGUGAAUUUGUGGAUAGUUGCAGCAUUGCGACAAGUCUUGUCGGUUCUUGUUGAGCUCAAUGCAGGCAUCGGUGGUCUCGUUGUACUUUUCUAGGAUUAAGAUGUCAGCUAUGGAUGGUGUAAUUAGGUAGAUUAAUGGUAAUAAGGCCGUGAUCCACAUGAUUAUUUGAUACUUCUGAUUCACUAGAACUGAAAAUCUGAAUUAUUUC